UGUUUCUUCACACCGAAUCGUUAAACCUUCAAUCCAAGGUAAGCAGACCCGUCAGCCUAUCUAUACCUCUCACUCACUAACAAUCUAAGACUCUGAUCUAGAUCCAGCCUCCCGAAAACAUCUGAUCCACUUCCUAAGACAUGGACCCUCCUAAAUACAGCGACAUCAAGCUGUCCCUCACAGCAACCCACCAUUCCGAUCUGACGUCGGGAACAUCAAGAGCCUCGUCGUCUUUCACAUCAAAACUGCGACAUCUAUUUGACCGUCAUGUUCUCAAGAAAAAGCUCGAAUCAUGGGCUUACCUGAUGCCAGCCAAGAGCCAUCUCAGUGCCGAAUAUAAUUUUCCUGCAGGGCGAUGGGCGGGGCAGGGCUCGGGAUAGGUGGUUGCUUUCGAUCAUGAUUAAUGACAUCUACGCUAGUAUUUAAUGAAAUUACCUUAAUUUUGCAGUUGGUGAUCUAUAUUCAGUG